GGUUAGAGAGAGGCUACAGGGGAAGAGAAGGUUAGAGAGAGGCUACAGGGGAAGAGAAGGUUAGAGAGAGGCUACAGGGGAAGAGAAGGAGCCAGUGAACAGCCUCCAUUGUUGUCAAGUUAUUUGGGAGGACUGAAAGAAAGAGAGCGCGAUAGAGCGGAGGAAGGGGGAGGGGGAAGUAGAGUGAGCAAGCAAGAGAGGUGGGAGGGGGUUUGUGUGCGUGUACGUGUAAAAAGAGUGACUGAGGCAGCAAGAGGGAUAGAGUUAACGUUGUUGGGCAUACCAGUACAUCACAGGAGGGGAGGAGAGCAGAAACAGCCUCUACACCACUAGAGCAACCUGAUCAGUACUGGCCUUGGGAACAACUUUUUUCACACUGUUUCUCUCUUAAACACCCUAUUCAGGCAGAGGAGGCCAAGCAAGGAAUACAUAACGAAGAGAAAGAGAUGGGAGUGAAGGCAAGCUGACCUGCUAUACAUAACUCUUAGCUGAAAGAGAGAGAGACACCAUUCACCAGAGGGAUUCUCUGUGGAAUGACCGUGUCAUGAUGCAGUCGCUGAGUCUCACCCCGCACCCAGGUGACGAGGGAGGGUGUCUCCGGCCGUCGGCCAAUCACAGAAGGUGCUUUAAGAUAGUCACUUCCUGUUUGUGUUCAUCAAUACUUCCUCUCGGAACCCUCCAGCCUCACUGACGUCCCGCCCCCUUGGCCAAAGUGCCAGGAUUCCGGUCUGGAAGAAGGUUUCGACUGCUCCUACAGGUUUGUUUAGGUACUGCAGUUUAACUGACACCAGGUCCAGAAACACCCAUUUCCAGUUAGAUACUUCCAUCAUCCCUUUUGUGCACAAAGCAAUAUUGAAUUAUUAAAUUAGUUGUCAUGUUCUCGGAUGACGUGAUGAAGCACGGCUCCCUGUGCACACUGAGUCCAUGAAUCGGCGUAUGCGCACUUGAGUAGAUUACCUCUCAGACAACGGGCGGAGAUAUUGGACACAGUUUCCAGUUCUUUAUUAAAACUCAGUGCUCCAGGCGGUAGGUAGUUCCUGUAUCCAACACCUUCCAUCACUUCCUCUUCCUCCUGAAGCCCCGUCCCUUCCCGUGUGGCUGUGUGGGGAUCCUGGCGCUAGCUGCCACAUGUCGUAACCAUGGUGAUAUAUAGGUAACCGUGGUAGGAGUCUGUGGGCACAGCUUUCUGAUGUUGUGCCAGGUAUUGACGGGUCAGGAGGGUAUCAUCGGUCACACAGGUGAGACAGGAAGCGUGUUUACAUUCACAUUGUAUUCGUGGAAUAGUUAUGAUGGCGUGUCCUGUUUUAUCAUUGAUAACUUGUUGCUGAGUGUGUCACACCUUUUUCUCUUCUCAGGUGCUAUGCGUCUCUACUUCCUGGUUUACCGUGUGAUGUCACAGAAGGAAGUAUAGGACCUCUCUGCCUGUAGAACAUCAGCCUCCUUGCACUUUCUAGAACUUCUUUUAGAAGUUUCCUGCUGCUGCUUGACUACCUGUUAAAUUGCACAACAUUGCACAACAUCUCUGACACUCUUAAGGCUCUGACCUCUAACCUCUGAACCCCAAGCAGCCAUGAGGCACAUUCACGUAGAUCUGACGCGAGGCAGCAAGGAGGAGCUGGCUCCUGUGGAGUUUCCAUCCCACAAGGGAGACCUGUCUUCUCCUGCAGCCCCCUCACAGGGCCCUGAUCCUGGGGUGAUGGUUGGGGUUUCCAGACACUUUGGUCAGGAGCAGCUGCGUCUCCAGAAGGUCUACCAGCUCUCUAUCUUCUCCCAGCUGGGGGGGUUCUCAACCUCCGACCCCCCCAGGACAAGUGAGGCCCAGCCGGGACAGGCCCCUCGGAUAGCCAGGCAGGGGGCCAAGAGGGGCCUGGAGGAGCCCAAGCUUAGCCACAAAUGGCCCCACCUGGCUGGGGACACAUACAGAGAUGGUGACACCCUGGAAGAAGGGGUUCUGUGUGGGCCAGGACCUGGGGUAGGGGUUGGGAUGGGGGUAGGGGUAGGGGUAGGGCAGGUAUUCUCCUGCGUCAUGGUCGAUCACAGAGACUCAGAUGGGGACCUGUCACCUAGAUCCCCCCCACCUGAACCCCUCUCCCCCGGCCACACCCCCGCCCGACGCCCCGCCCAGCACAACCACGACAGGCCCGUCCCGGACCCGUGGGCUCCGCGGUCUCCCCACAGCCCCUCUGGCUCCCGCAGCCCCUUACCCAGCACAGAGCCUCCUUCUGAUCCUGGAGGGUCCGGGACGGGCUGCAGUAGUGGCUCCUCAUCGGGACAGCGUCAGCCCAACUCCUGCAGUGACGAGGGUUCCUAUUGGGCCCCCGGAGCCUACGAAACCCACAACCCCCCUGGACCUCCCCUCGGACCUACAGGCUCCCUCUCCCCCCACUACCUUCUCACCACAGACCCCAAGGGUCCCGGGGAGGGCAGUGAGUGUGGGGCCGAACUAGAAUCCACCCCGCCCCGUCCCAGUACCACAGCAUCCACCAACGAGCUGGCCUCCCUGGAGAAGACCCCCAGCACCAGCGGGUUCCGUGAGGUCCCCUCGGUCCCCUGCCCUGCUAAGAAGAAACUUCUAUCCUCUAGCGACACAGCAGAGUCGUGUUCAGAGGAUGAGGGCCCCUCUACCUCUAAGAGGAGCCGUCUGGCCCUGCUGGCCCCUGGCUUAGGGCUGGCCUCCUGCAGGGGCACCGAUGCCAAGGCUGCCCCCUUCUGGAGCCACCUGCUGCCUAACGCACAGGGCCGGGACCAUGCCAAGAGUGUAUCAGAAGUCAGCAGAACCAGCAGGAGGCUGAAAAGUCGACAGCUGCGUAGUGGACGGCGCACAGACACCUUGUGUCGUUCUGCUCGGUCAGGCUGGCCCUCUUCCUCAAUCAGCCGGUCACUACUGGGCAACUUUGAGGAGUCGAUCUUGAAGGGUCGUUUCUCUCCAUCGGGUCGUAUCGAGGGCUUCACAGCAGAGAUCGGUGCCAGCGGAUCCUACUGCCCUCAACACGCCACUCUGCCUGUACACGUCACCUACUAUGACAUCUCAGAGCACAGCGCACCCUCACCCUUCCUGGGAGUGAUCUCUUUGGAGCCUCUUGGAAAGAAGGGAUACAGCGUACCCAAAGCAGGGACCAUCCAAGUGACCUUAUUCAACCCCAAUAAAACUGUGGUGAAGAUGUUCCUCGUGACCUAUAACUUUGGGGACAUGCCCGUCAAUCACAUGACCUUCCUGCGUCACCGCAUCUUCCUGGUUCCCGUGGAGGAGGCCGGACCAGGUGGGAAGGGGGAGGGGCCUACAGAGCCCAGGGCAACACCCACAGAGAGGAAGAAGAUUCUCUGCUACUUGAUACACCUCAGAUUCCAGAGCUCCAAAUCUGGGAAGAUUUACCUGCACAACGAUAUCCGGCUGCUUUUCUCCCGCAAGUCCAUCGAGGUGGACACAGGGAUCCCUUACGAGCUCAAAUCUUUCACCGAGGUGCCAAGAAACCCCAAAUACUCCCCCCGCGUGUGACCCUACGGCUCCGAAUCCCUGACCCCUAACGCAGCCCGGAAUAGGGCAUAGACAGACUGCUCAGUACAUCGACGAGAGAACUUGAAUAGACUUUACAUACAUACAUACAUACAUACAUACAUACAUACAUACAUACAUACAUACAUACAUACAUACAUACAUACAUACAUACAUACAUACAUACAUACAUACAUACAUA